AUGGAAGAACCGGCCCAGGCUGGGAGAGGCGGCCGUGACAGGCGGCCGUCCUUGGCGGGGACGUGCAGGCUGGACACGAGAGGCAGCUGCCUAGGACCAGCUUCAUCCGUGAGGCCCUGGUCACACAGAAGACGAAACUACACAGAGGACAUCAAGAGGACCAAACUGCAGCCUGUUUUUGUAAGAUAUGUCCACGCAGUUCCGACUCUAAAAUCUGUAACUCGUGCAUGUAAUCUGUUUCAUUUCAGCAACUUUCUAUUGCUUGCCUUUCUGGGCAAAAAGGUGACCUUCAUUUCUAGAGGCUCUUUUUUUGGUUUCAUUUCUAAACAUCUACUUUGGUUGUUUUGUUCCACACCCAAAAUCAAAGUCUUGUUUUCCCUCUUCUCUUUUCCAAGUUCUGUCUUUCCUGUCUUGUUACUUUCAUAA